UAUAUUUAUCUGAAAUUAAGAAUAACCUACUAAAUCUAGGAGAGCAUUAUUACUAUUAAGUCGUGGAUCUGUAUGGGUAAACAUCGGCUCACGAUAUGCUGGAAUGCACAGCAUAGAACAACAUACAGAGAAAGAUUUGAACUUUAUUCAUUUAAUUCUCAUACAGCCCGAAGAUUGGAGUUGCCGUACGAUUGGAAUUGUUACUUGGCACUAGGGAGCUCUCUGUGUAAAGCUUUGAUUACACAGGGCUUAUUGAUGCACGUCGCUUAUGAUCGCAUCGAGAAUCAUCCGUGCUAAAGUUUACGGUAUAUCCAAUGUCAUCCAAUCAAAUUGCUGAAUGAAUUGGCCGAAAAAAUCUAGGAAAGUCCUAUGAAGAAAUCACCUGCGGAACGAGUUGCGAUGACGUCAAAGACCAACGCUGACGGUACCUACUUCUAUUGGGUGAAUUUGAUGCUCAUGGGCGUGACGACAUAGGUAUUGCAUGACGUAUUUAGCCGGGAAACUCGAUAAAAGAAACAACUUGUACUAACAACCUUCAGAUAUCAACAAGUACUCAAGGUGAAAGAAAGUGAAUCAAGACACAAGUAUCAAAAACUGUUAUUUCUACUAUUUUGUGAUUUAAAUUGUCCUACUGAAUUCUCUUAGCUGCUCGAAAUCUUCCAAUCGGCUCCAUCAUGGAUGUAAUUCUAGAGUACGCAGACGAAUAUCUGUUCACUCCGUACGUCUACCCGGCGUCUUGGGAUGAAGACAAUUCUCUAAGAAAAUGUUUAAGUUUGUUCCUCAUUACGUGGUCAAUGGGAUUUAUAUCGUAUCUUCUGGUGGCAGUGCCAAGCUAUUUCUUCAUUUUCGAUCACGACAUGAUGAAGCAUCCUCAUUUCCAAAAGAACCAGCUUCGUCAAGAGUUUUGGCAAUCUAGCUACGCCAUGCCGCUUAUGUUCAUUAUGUCCACUCCGAUGUAUUAUCUUGAAGUAACUGGGAGAACGCGUCUUAGAGAAAACUACGACGAUGCAUGUUUCGGGUAUUUCACCGCUAUUCCGGAACUGAUUUCCAUGAUCAUAGUAGUAGAUUUCUUGAGCUAUACAUUUCACCGCGCCAUGCAUCACAAGCUGGUCUACAAAUACCUUCAUAAGGAUCACCACAAAUGGAAAGUGGCAACACCAUUUGCCAGUCACGCCUUCCAUCCUGUAGAUGGCUUCCUGCAGCAAAUGCCGUACCACGUGUGCGUCAUCAUUUUUCCGGUCAAUAAAUAUCUUUUCAUCACGUUUCUCGUUCUUGCUAACAUUUGGGCUGUCAGUAUCCACGACGGCGAAUUCGAAAUGCCGGAAUGGAUGAAAUCAGUCAUCAACGGUCCAGCACACCACACUGACCAUCACAUGUACUUCAAUUACAAUUACGGACAAUUCUUCACCGUAUGGGACCGGCUUUGUGGUUCUUACCGCCACCCCAGUACGUUUGAAGGCGAGGGACCACUUCAAUACGUACAUAAAUUAGAGUCAUCAAAAUCCACAUCCACGCCAGCCCCAGAAACUGACGUCAAAUCGUACGAAACGCCGAUAUCAAGCGAAUAUGACAGCGGUGUGGAAAGUUCAGGAGAAGACUCGGAAGAAAGCAUAUGUUCGUCUGGCUCUGAUGACGGUUAUUGUGAAUACGAGGCGGCUCGCGCCCCGGUCGAUAUUUGCAAGAACUGCUCAAACCUUGAAUCAUCUGUAUUUGAACUACACAAUUCAACAGUUAAUAAAUCAAAUAUACUGAAAAACACUGAGAAAGAAAAAACUCUUUCUGAGGAAAACGUAUUUUUAUCUAGCUAUAUACAUAGAAGCAAUAAUAGUUUAGAAUUAUUUUGUAGUAGUUCAGUUGCAUCCGACGCCUUGACGCAGCGACGUUUUAGUGUUGCAUGCGAACAUAGCUCAGAGAACGAAUUUGUCCAUAAACGAAGGCGAUUCAGUUUUCGAGGCUGAUCAACCUGGGAAGCUUUCAAUUCGCCAAACAAACAGUGCAAGAAUUUUUGAAAAUCUUUCGCGCUUUCCACGUAGUUGCAGUUGCGAGCUGCUUUUAAUAAGCCUAUUUUGGACUGAAAACAUACAGCAAACCAAAAUUAGCCUAAGCAACUUAUAUAUAAACAUUCCAGGAUUGUCUUUCUAGGUUUAGGUUAGGUUCUAGCAAAAAUGGGGCACAUAAUUUAAUGCAAUAAAAUUAUCAAAUUGGGGUUUAAUUUCAUUUUAAUAGAGUUCUGAUUAUUAAUUUUUCAUAAAAUACCUUAUCCUGGUAUUAUAUAAUAUUAUAAUAAUUAAUAAUAAUAAUAAAUAUUAUUAUUAAAUAAUUAUCAUUAUAAUAUUAUUAUUAUCAUUAUUAUUAUAUUAUUAUUUGGAAUACAAAAAUUAGCACUUGCCUUGAUAAUGUGUAAAAAGUUAACUUAUAAAUUUUAUAGCAACAAUUCAAUGAUGCUUUGCGUAUGACGUUUGGGACAUUUCCAAUAUACCAACUUUCACCAUUUAAUUUCAUAUUUAAUAGGAUCGAAGUCAUAAGUCUAUCUUUAAAUUUUACCUUCACUUUCAUAUUUAUGAAAGCUUUGCGUAUGUCGUUUGGUACAUUUAAAAUAUACAACUUUCACCAUUUGAUUUCAUAUUUAAUAGGAUCGAAGUCAUAGGUCCUUCUUUAAAUGUUACCUUCACUUUCAUAUUUAUCAAAAGUUAUAUUUUGCUAGUUUUUACUGGGGUAAAUACCUACGAAAUAAUAUAAAUGGGUAUUGAUACGUAUUUAAUUAUAAUAUAUAUUAUUUAUCAAAUUGUUUAUUGUAUAAUACCAUAAUUUAUAUAAACUAUUGUGUUCAUUUAAUUAAGAAAAAGUCGAGAUUAAAUAUUAUGUAAGGAUCUGUAAGGAAUACAUUAAAAAAAUGAAAUAUA